ACUCCAUGUAAAUCUAAGGCUCUUGUUACCUUUUUGUGCCCAAUCUUUUAUCGUUAUAUAUAUUUCAAGAUCCUUAUCGGUUACUAUGCAAAUGAACAAUUAUAAUUAAAAUUUUGAUUAAAAGUAAAUUGAGAAAUAAGACAGUGGAUUGGAAAUAACACUUCUUAAUUUUUUUUGAACAUUUUAUCCCUGUCGUAUUAUUUAUGGGGUUCUCCCUUUCACACAGAACAACUUGAGGAAUCUUUUCUUGUUUAUUGUUUUCAUCUUGGCAUUUUCUUUACAUUUGUAAUAUAGUAAUUAAAAAAAAAGGUGAAAAUAAUUUUCUCCUUUUUAUUAUAACUACCCUUCUAGUUGCGACGGCUUUCAAUGACUCCAUCACCCCUUGACUUUGCCUGUAGCUUCUGGAAGACUGGAACGACAUACUUUUCAUACCUCAAUAUAAAAAUACCUCUAAUUAGAUCAUUCCGAGUGGGCUAGGAAACUGGCUACAAAUAUUAUUAAACUAGUACGUGGCGUCUUCGGAUUCGCCGGUGUGCAAGAUAUUCAGAUAUGAACGUUGAAAAAAAAAUGAGAAGAAAACUCAUAGAAACAAGAGAGGCUACUGUUUCAUUGAAUAUUUCAAAGGCUUACAUUUCAUGACUUUGAAGUUUGAACAACUUAUAUAUAUUAUUCCUUGUACUAAUUCCCCAUUCCAUCUGAUGCUCCAAUCUGUUUGCUGAGAUUUUUCCUCCAACAUCCAUCAUGCAUUUCUUUCUGCUCCAAUCCUUGUUUCCAUUUCUUUUGAUCGCUUCCUUUCUUUCGAUCAAUGUCGAGUUGAGUCUAUGCCAGAAUGAUCAACAUUUCACAAACUGCAGCAGCGAACUCAAUUGUGGUAGCGUUGGAGGCAUAUCCUAUCCCUUUUGGGGGGUAAACCGAGCUAGUUACUGUGGUCAACCCGGAUAUGAGAUCCAAUGCCUAGACGACGUCCCUGUGUUCAACAUGACGGGUGCGAGCUAUAGAAUUCUGCAAAUGAACACUACAACAAGUUCUUGGACCGUUAAGGUUGCUAGGAACGAUUACUGGGGUAGUAUCUGUAAUCCGACUUUCGUCAACACCACCCUCAACUUCUCUCUGUUUGAUUAUGUUUCUACUUAUACAAACAUGACGUUUUACUACCAAUGCCCUACCACCAUAACGCUUCCUAAUGUUCAGUCCUGCAACACAAGCUCUGUUUUCUAUUUGACACGUCCGGUGACAGUUGGUCAGCCAUCUCCUGUGACCUGUAUAGAUGAGGUUAUUGUUCCCGUUUAUACAACAGCAGCUCUUGCUAUAGAGGCCGGUCAAAUAACUUACGAUCAGCAAUGCGGUAGACGGGGGUUUCUCACUGCAAUUGCAGAUUAACAACGAUCAAUGCGACAAAUGUUUGGAAUCAAGAGGACAGUGUGGGCUUAACACUACUACGAAUUCUGGAUUCAGUUGCUUUUGCGCAGAUCGAGCCUAUGCAUCCACAUGUAAUGGAACUAGUACUUCAAGUCAAGGCGGAGG